CAACGGGGACGGGCUCGGUGAUGUGACUGAGAAUGUGAAAAGUACGGAGUCCCAUUAUAAUGAGUGAUUUACUUCGGGAAAUCUUUAAUAUUUAUAAAAGUUCGUACGAUCUCUUUUCCACUGAGUAUCAGCUUCGUCAGCCUACUUCUUUCGAGAGUUCUAGAAUUAUUUAAACCAACGAGGCGAAAAUCAAAUAAAUUUCAGAAUCGUGCUCGCUCGUUGGAAAGCAUUGCGACGAACAUAAACAAUGCCCUAGUAUGCGUACGUUCGAUAUUUCACUCUCCAAUGCAUGUUAAAUAAUCGUUUAAUUUUUCACUGCUAUCAUGAAGAAAAAACGCAGACAGCACAAUGCUAGUGUGGAGAAAAGCGGAGAUUCGACGAGAUGUACCGAUUCAUGUAACAGUAUGAAGCGAUUGGAAUGCCAACAUUUUCUAAAGGCCGUUAAUUUGAACAAAUUGAGAAAAGUAGCCAAGGAUAAAAAGAAUAUCUGUGUCGAAUGUCUCAAAAAUAAGGAUCCCGUAAUGAUUGACGACGAACUGUUCUGUAAAUCUUCUGAAUUAUGGAUUUGUUUGCAAUGUGGACAUUCCGUAUGUAAAAAAAGUGAGAAUAACCAUGUGAAGAAACAUUUCGAGACUAGUCGAAGUACCGAACAUUGUGUAAUGAUUAAUACUUUCGAUUGGACUGUUUGGUGCUACCGCUGUGAUAAAAAUGUUUAUCAUAGUAAUAGUGGGAGUAAGAAGAAAAUCCUUGAAGUUACGGAAUUAUUAAAAAAUUCGAUAAAGUCAAAUAAGCCAAUUCAGCCAAAGCCUUGUAUACCACUGUGCCAAAAUGAGAAAUCCAGCACAGACAAUGAUAAUAAAGCAAUAUCGAAUGAUUUUCCUAAAGUCGGGGGAUUAACAAAUUUAGGAAAUACUUGCUUCUUUAAUGCAGUACUACAAUGCCUUGCACAGACACCAUAUUUAAUUAAAGUCUUGGAUGACUUGCAAGUGCCUGGACAAAAAAUUGUAAUACCUGGUGGAGGGUUUAAAGGAGCUGAUAACAAAGAAGUUGACUUGCCACCCAUAGAGGGAGUUUUACAAAAAACUGGUACUUUUACGCCUAUAUUACGUAAAACUCUUACAGAAAUGCAAAAUUCCAAUGGUCAAGUUUAUAAUCCUUUAGAAUUAUUAAAUUCAUUAAGGGAAAGUACAAAUCAAUACACGGACGGUGGUCAACACGAUUCACACGAACUUUUGAGGCAUUUAUUAGAACAAGUUCGUAGCGAGGAUCUACAGAGGUACAAAACAAUAAUUUUACAAGAGCUCGAUCUAACUGAAAAAUCGAAACGUCAGUGUAUAGACAGUAAUUUGAAAGAUCGUGUUAAAUUCUAUGGAAAUCAAGCUAGUGCUAAAUUAUUGGGCCCAGAGCGAAUUUUUAGGGGAGAAUUAUUCUCAGCUCUUCAAUGCUUAAAUUGUCGUCAUUACUCAUCUCGAGCUGAGCCAUUUCUAGAUCUUAGUUUACCUGUCUUGGUUGAAAAAUCACAAUCUCCUAAUCUUAAGAGGAAAAGCAGUGGAUUGGAGAAUUCAAUAGACUCGAUUAUUAAUUCCAAUAAUUCUUCUACACAAGAAUGCAAAAAGACUUAUAAGGCCGCUAAUAAGAAAAAUAGAACAAAUAGAAUAAAAAAUCGUGAUAUUACUAGCCCAUCUAUAUCUAAUCCAAAUCGUAUAUCUGAAGAAAAAAAAGAGAAUGUAAUAGAAUUUGAGGAAAGCGAUGCCGAUGUAGAAGAUAAUAUUGAAAACGAAGAUGUUUCAAUGCCAGAAAUCGGUGAGUCGGGAUACAGUUCAGAAAAACCAUCCGCAGUCACAAGUCCAGAAUCUCUUUCAGAAUUUCGAGACACCGAACAAAAUACUAAUAAUCUAGAGCUAAAUGUCCUACCUGUUCUAAGCGAUACAUCAAGCAAUUUUCAUAUUAUGCAAUCAGCCUACAAAAACAGCACAUCACCAAGCCCAACAGAUAUUUCAAUGAUAGAUAUUACGGAAAAUAAAAGUAUUGAAACAGCAGAAUUUUCUCAUUUAAUUUCUCUAGCACAUUCUGAUAUCACAAGUCCCGAAGGACCUACUAUCAGUCCAAUGAGUACUCCAUUUACAUCUAAAAAUACUUCAUCUACCUCGGUUUCGAGCGACGAAGAACGAGUGUCAGAGAAAAUUGACCAACCCUUUUUAAAAUCUAAAAGUUUUGAACAGAUUGAUUUGAAUGAUCAAGAAAGUUCUAUGCAGACAAGCGUUGACUUAGCAGAUGAAAAUUCAGGCGAUAAUGAAAAUGACACGACCAAACUAACUAAUGGCAUCGGUGAUAUAACAUCAGGUAUAACAAAAUUGGAUUUAUCAAUCUUCUCUGAACCAUCGAUUUCAUAUUCUAACGAAGGAGAAUGUUCGAUACAAUUGUGUCUUAAUCAAUUCACUAAACAUGAAUUAAUGAAUGGGAAUAAUAAAGUGGGUUGUGCUGCUUGUACAGAAAGAGAAAAUAAGGGUGAAAAGGAAGGAGUGAAAAUGGUUUGUACAGAUAGUAUAAAAAAAUAUUUGAUUUCUCAAGUACCAGCAGUUCUCAUUUUACAUUUAAAAAGAUUUCAAAUGCAAAAGUUCAGUUUCCGUAAAGUAUGUAAGCAUGUUAGUUUCCCGAUGCUCUUAGAUUUUGCACCUGUCAGCAAAGAUAAACGCCAGGUAUAUGCAUUAUAUGGUGUGGUUGUGCAUACUGGAAAUUUAUGUGGAGGACAUUAUGUAUCUUACGUAAAGUCAAGAGCACCGUUAAAACCAAACGAUCCCAGAUGGUCAUUUUUACCUUCGAAAGAUAGUUUUCCAAGUGAUGAAACAUCAAGCGAGUCUAAUUUGGACUUGAAAAAGAGUGAAACUAUUGAUCUUGAAAUUACAGAUCCUAAAAUUACUGAAAUUCAAACACCACCGGGUCAGUGGUAUUACAUCUCUGAUUCUAGAGUUCAAAAAGUAGAUGAAAAAACUGUUUUACAAAAGGAAGCUUAUUUGUUAUUCUAUGAAAGAAUACUGUAGAUUUAGUUUUAAUUUAAAUACUCCACACCCGUCAAUUCGUGUUAAUUAUAAUAAAAUAA